AUGGCUAGUAGCAAAUUCGGUGUCUUCACUCUCCUCUUCCUUUGUGUUUUCCUACUGGGAAGAAAUUAUGUUGAGUCUAAAGAAACCAAGUAUUGUACACAAGACUGUUUGCCUAAUGUGUGGUACAUGACUUGUCCAUCUUCGGGAAAUAAGAAGCUUUAUCCAUUAUGCAUCAACUGUUGCCGAACACCAAAGGGCUGCAAACUUUUCGGUCCAAAUGACUAUUUGAUAUUGUACUGGCCGAACGUAAUUGAUCACUUUGAGAAUUAUCAAAUGGGAUAUUACUUUACUUCUAUUAUAUCAUGGUUAUAA